AGUCUUUAGAAACCAGCUUCACGCUGCUGUGCUCUCACACAGAUCAGCCAACACACCGAACAUCAUCUCCUCCAGCACACUCAGACCAAGAGGAUGCAGACAGCACAUCAGAGUCUCACCAAACAGAGAAAGCAGCAGACCAUGAUCCUGAGCAGAGAAGCACAGGGAGGUCUGAACCUUGGGAAGAAGAUCAGCGUACCGAGAGAUGUGAUGAUGGAGGAGCUGAACCUGAACACCAACAGAGGAUCCAUCAUGUUCCAGGAGCGCCAGAGGAGAGUGGAGAGAUACACGCUGGAGAACUCAGCAGAGGCUCCCACCAUCACAUACAACAACAUGGAUCAGAAUCAAAUCCUGAACCAGAACCACAUGAUGGCAGAUCUGCAGGGAGGGAAAGAAAACCUGCUGUAUCCAGUGGCCGGUAAACACAGCCUCGUCACCUCCCUGAAGAACACAGUGGCCAAGAAAGGAAGCCCAAAUGUGCUGGCACCAGGCUACUCUGGACCGCUGAGAGAGAUCCCUCGAGAGAAAUUCAACGCCACGGUGAUCCCGAAGUCUUAUUGUUCACCGUGGCAGGAAGCCCUGGGAGAAAACGAAGAGCUGCCGUCUUCACUCAACACUCAGAUAGCAGAACCAGAGAAACUCCCGCCGGCGAACUACAGGUGCUUUAACAGAGCCGCGGUGCCAUUUGGAGGUCCUGUGCGCAGUCAGAGGGUGAUUCCUGUUAUUGGGUUUGAAGCUCUGGAGACUCCAAGUCUUUCUAGCAUGACCUUGGCCACCAUGUCCAAACGACGCAACUUCAACAGAGCCCCGCGGGGAUGGGGUGUGGGAUACUCGCCCGAGUCAAAUGACCUGUGAGCUCGGCGCUGAUCCACACCUGUAACAUUAGAGGAAAAGACUGUGGCAACGUAAAGACCUGUGCUUUGCACUUUCAGGCCGUCCCAUUAUGUCCCCUGCAGUUGAAAGGCCAGAGGAGAGCAGCUGUAAGUUUAGAUUUACAAUUGAAAACCAAAAUUAAACAUCAGGAUAAAGAUGAUCAGGAUGAGGAGAUGAUGUUAGCUUAGUGCUGGAUGAAAGGAGUCUCAGUUGCUCUCCUAAAUCAUAUAGUUCAACCAAAAAUGACAAUGACAAAGAGAAUGGGUGCCGUCAGAAUCCAAACAGCUGAUAAAAAAAUCUCAAUAAUCCACAAGCAAUCUAUACGACUCCAGUCCAUCAAUUAACUAACCUCUUGUGAAGUGAAAAGCUGUGUGUUUGUGAGAAACAAAUGACUCUCGUUCUGAUGGCACCCAUUCACUGCUCAGGAUCCAUUGGUGAGCAAGUGGUGUAAUGCUACAUUUCUCCAAAUAUGAUCUUGGAUGGCCCUGAGGGUGAGUAUUUUUUCAGCAAAUUUUUGGAUGAACUAUUCCUUUAACACAGCUAAACAAUCAGAAAUCAGUCUACAUCUUAUAAUUUUUCAUAAUAAACCCUGGCAUUUCAUAAUUGUAGACAUUUUAUAUGCAAAUGAAAGUUUUUCGCGGUCGUGUUUCAAAGUGUGUGCAGGGGCCCCUAAAAUGUAUUUAGACACUUUAAGCAUAUGGAAAAUGUGCGUUUGAUAUUGCACAGAUGACUAAAUAUCAAAUAUCUACUGUUUUCACUGAACUCUUUCUGUCAAAUGUUCUUCUUGUAAAAUGUGUUGUGUAUCUUUCUUAAAAUAAAUGGCUCCUGCUUUGAUAUUUUCUAUCAAAUGCAAAAGUGUCCAAAUACUUUUUGGGCCGCAGUGUUUCUUAAAACUAGAGCAGACGGUACAUUUAAUGAUGGCUAGUUUAAUGCCCACAAAAGAAAAUGGUAACAGUAGCCUCUUUCAAUAAAGAAGUACUUGUUA